CAGUGAUGGCGUGAGUGAGUCAGUCACUGGUCCUCCCUGACAGACAACGGAGGGCGGAUGAGCAGUGUGGAGUGACGGCUCCCUGUACAGGCGGUCUUGACACACAUCCUCAGAUACAGACGCCGGUGUGCUGUCUGGUGGAGUGGAAGAUGUCUUAGCGGACUGUGGCUCGAUAAUUUAGCCCACAAUAAUCACCGAUAUAUUUUGUUUCUGAAACCAAAGAUAUCCAGCAAAAAUAUAUUAACUCGGAAAUUUAUUAAUAUCUUGCAUCAGAAACUUGUUAUUAUUACUUAUAUGUAAUGUGACAUUGAGUGUGUGUCACCAGAGCUUCAUCUACUUCUGGACAAUAACGAGGAGAAGUAUUACUGCUGCUUCUGUAGAGAGUCCAAGACCUUGAUCCAACACUCAAGACGACUUCCAGACUCCCACAGUUACCAACAGAGAGGCUGCCUCACCCUCCCAGCACCUGGCACGCGUCUCACACUACCAACCCAUUAUGUCUUCACGGAAUUGUUUCCCAAAGUUACUGGCAUAAUUUUGAGUCAUCCUGAUACUCAAAAUAUAUUCAGUCUUAGUUCCUUGCGGUAUAAUAAUAAAAGGACGUCCUAUGCCUGCCAGUGAUGUUGUUACUGCUGUUUGCGCUACUUCAACUAGAAUUGCACAUCGUAGAAGCACAAUUUAGUCAUUGACGAUAAUGACAUGAACUGAUGAAACUCAUUAAAAUAAUACAAACGUAACACGAGCGUCAAAAUGUCGCACGUGACGGUGGUGGAGGUGCACGAGUCUCACCUUAAGACCUAUGACGAGGAGGCACACCUGAGACGUGGCCCCGAGGCUGUCGCUCAACACAGAGUGAGCCAGAGACAAGAGAGACUGGGAACACUUCACCAAGAUCAUCACAUCAGAUGUCCGAUACCACAGACAAACCACAAACAUGAAGCAGUAUAUGUUAACCUUACAGAAUUACAGCAGCAAGGUAAGGGCAACACAGUGGAGGCAAGAGGUCACCCAACUCCUGUUGAAGAAUGUGAAAUUCCAGAGAUUCAUAUGUCAAGAAGACUCGUCAGGAAGUCAAGCAUCAUUGACCAGAACGUUGGUGUAUCUGGAGCGGUAUUUAUGGUAUCUGAUCCAACCUGCCAACAACAAGAUUCCUCGGACGAUGAAUCAGACUCUUCACUCACGUCAUCAGUCUCGUCAUUAUCAGAAUCAGACUCUGGGUUGAGCAGCACCAUUGAGGUGGGUGUAAGACCUGUGCCACACCACGCCACGACCAUCACUAUCAUAGAGGAGCAGAAACUGAACAACCGAGUUCUGUUACACAUUACUGCCGCAGCUGAAGAGAACGGAACCACUAUUACACGAGGGACAACAACCCAUGAGGAUCCCAAAACAUUUUCUCUGCUGAAUAACACGCCAGGAGAAAAUGAUAACUCAUCUAAUAAAGCAGUGACCCUUAAGUGGAGAGUCAUUCCUCCACCAUCUCUCUUACCCAAACAAGCCACUCUAGAACUGGAGGGCGACAGAGGUUCUACACCAACAUCCUUUUCCAGCGCCUACACAGUGACGGAGAACGAGAAUGAAAGCACCGGCGAAGAUUCAGAUGCGUCUCGACAUAAUUGGUCGAGUCAAGAAUCGGACGAAGAAGUACAAGGAAUUCUAAGAGCUAUUAAUCAUCACGACCCUGAAAGCACCACAUCAGGUGCAAGCGAACCGGACUCAUUAUCCUGGGUAGGGGAGAGUGAGUGCUUGCCUGAUGGUGAAGACAGUACCGCAACUCACGCCAGCUGCACCAUCGACCACCAGAUUCUUCAACCCAUUAGAGAAAAUGCGAGAAACAUUAUAUCGUUGGAGACGGGAGGCGCCUCGCGGAGGUGUGAGCUCCGCGAGUUGCUGUGCCGGCUGCGUCACGCCUCAGAUAGCAGCAGUAACGGGGAGGAGAGUAUUGUCUAUAGUUAUAUCCCUUGUCGCGAUCAGAGGGAAAAGGAGGACGAAGAAUUGUGGGUAGCCAACGAAGCUGCAGAUCCAGGAGGUGUUCAAAGCUUCCUUGGUGUUGCGCCUCCUCUCUUGCCUCCCUCGUGGGGCUGGGGCAGCUCUCUCAGUCACGAGUCUGGCAAGCCGGAGCUUUGCCAGCUUACAAUGCGAGGGCCAGUCUGGGCUGAGCAGCUGCGGGCGCCGCACGGCUGUGUGACCAGUCCCUCGUGUGUUUCGUCGCUAAUGUGUACCCUGGCGCCCUCUCUCGCUGCCCCCUCCCCGGUGGGCACUAACACCUCUCCUCGUAAACACUACACCAACAGACAGAGAGUGGCUGAAUCACAGAUCAUUAGAAUUGUAGAUGAAGAACCAAAGUACAAACAGCAUUGGAACAAACUAAGCGAAGGUGACACACAAAUCUACAAUGAAAGCACAAACCUCCAAACGUCAACAACGACCAAUAUGCCCACCAAGAGAUUCUCCUUCCUCAUCCGGAGUAACAGCAUGAAGCAGGAAUCCGUCAUAGACACGGACAUGGUAACCCCGGCCCAUCAGCCAGUGACUCCCAGUGACCAGGCCAUCCUCGACAAGAUUGCCACCCUCAACAUGGAGGCUCCAGAGAUAGUGAUAAGGCCUCGGCCACGAUGCUCACUCUUCGACCCUCCCUGUGUUCGGUGCGGCGAGCCUGUCUACCUCCAGGAGCGGACAGAACCCACCCUUAGACUCGUCUACCAUAGUUCCUGCUUCAAAUGCCACAAGUGUGGGGUUAGACUCGCUCUCAAGACCUUCUUCAGGAGUCCUAUAGACUCUCAGGACACCCGAGUAUUCUGUAGGAGUCACGUGCCAGCCCUGGACCCUGGUCGGCUAGACAUUGUUAGAACUGACAUGUUGUCGUCAUUAGGCAAAUGUUCACCUGACAGUGUCGGUGUUCACCCUGACGCCACCAGAAACAAUUUAAAAAACAAUAAAGACUCCACACCACUGUCUCUGCAAGAUGAACUCGAUAUUGUUAAAUGUGACACAAUUGGCCUCCGUUACUUCUGAUGUCUACCUCCGCCUGUACCUGCUUUGCCUAGUGUACAGUAUUCCAGAUUUAUUGACAUGACGCUGGGAGACACAUCAGUGUAUGAAGCAGAUGAACAAUUAAAGUGUUGGAGAGUUUGUCUGUCGGUCUCGUGAUUCAUAUAUAAAUUUAGAUAUAUAUGAAUAUAGUUAACUUCAGAGAUUUGGCCUCCAUUAGUAUACACUAUAUGCAUGUAUUACUAAUAUAUUAAUUGUAUAAGUAUCUUACUUUGUUUAUGGAAGGACAAUAAUCUGACUCAAUUAUAUAGUUUAGCAUUAUGUAUGAGAUUUUUAUUACGAAAUUAUAAGUAUUUAUUCUAAUCAAAUUAGCAUCAAUUGGAAUUUCUUGCCAAUAUAUAUAUAUAUAU